GGCUCGUCACACCUCUUUGACUAUGGGUCCACUGCCAACGGGGGCGACAGCUCCUUCUACACCUCUCUGAUCUCGGACGUCCACUACACCACCCCGCGGGACUCCACCUAUUACAUGGGCUAGGAAAACAGCCCCAUUCCCUGCUCAGGCAGCACAGAGGGGUUUAAUGCACUGGGGCAUCCUGUUCAAGAUGCGACUGGGUUUGAGUCCCGUGGUUUAUUUAGCUCAGAUUCGGGAAUAGAGAUGACUCCUGCAGAGUCUACUGAAGUUGAUAAAACCUUAGCAGAUCCCAUAAAAGUAGAAGCUUAUAAAUACAUGGACAUAAGUAGAUCAGAAGAAAUAAAAUACCAAGAUAAACGUGAGCCUGACUCAGAAGAUGAGAGCCUAGACCUUAUUGGUAAGCCAGGGAGUACCCACCAGGUUGACCCUCAGUGGCCAGCUUCAGAGAGCAUGAAGGCAGCCAAAGAGCAAGAUCAGCUUCAAGACACAAGAUCUGGAGAUCAGCAAAGUGCCUCUGAGGUUACAGCCCCCGUCAAGAUCACGCUUACCAAGAUAGAAAGUGCUGGGGAAGCUGUCAGCAAAGAGUCAAGCCCAACUCAGCCAGAGACCGGCCUGAAGCCAAGCCAUGAGGUGGUACCAACAGUGACGGUGUCAGAGCCAGAAGAUGACAGCCCGGGGUCUGUCUCGCCACCGUCCUCUGGCACAGAACCAUCUGGCUCAGAGUCGCAGGGCAAAGGCAGCCUGUCGGAGGAUGAACUCAUCAGCGCCAUCAAGGAAGCAAAAAGCUUUUCCUUUGAGACCCCGGAGGUGCAGCAGCCACCAGCCCUUUCCACUGAGAAGAGAGACCAGCGGGUCAAACCUGGGCGCCCUGCCGCCUCCUCACCCCUGGAUAAUGAAGCCAGCAGUGCUGAAUCAGGGGACUCUGAGAUAGAGCUGGUCUCCGAGGACCCACUGGCUGCCGAGGAGGUGCUGCACUCCAACUACAUGACCUUCAGCCACAUUGGAGGGCCCCCUCCAUCACCUGCCUCCCCCUCCAUCCAGUACAGCAUCCUACGGGAGGAGCGGGAGGCUGAGCUCGACAGUGAGCUCAUCAUCGAGUCCUGUGAUGCCUCAUCAGCCUCUGAAGAGAGCCCAAAGAGGGAGCAGGACUCCCCUGUAAUGAAGCCCAUGGACAUUAUUAAGGAAGAGAAUGGCUCGCGUGCUGAUGCCUCAGACUAUGAAUCAAGUAAAACAACAGAGAGCAGGAUGAACAGGGAAAAUCUGGCAGAGUCCACAUCUUACCUGAAAUGCUCCUUUGUUGCACCAAAAGUAAGUGCUGAAGCCCCAGCAUCUGCCAUCAACACUGAGGAGCUGAAGGAAAGAAUAAUUCUGAAGAAACCCAUUGAAGAAACUGUUGUUAACCAAAGUAAAGUGUCUUCUAAGGACUCUGGAAAAAGAAGUCCCUUGGCUUCACCCCUACUGCCAUUCUUAAAUAAGCAGAAAG